AUGGACGACUCGUCGGAUCUGUCCUCGCCGCUCUCCAGCGUGCCUUCCUCGCCGCUGUCGAGCCUGGCAUCGUCGCCCUCACCUCCGCCCGACAUGCCGCCCAUCUUCCAGUCCCACGCCUAUCCCUCACCACCCGCCUCGCAACAAACAUCCCACAACGGCUCGCCCGUCCCUGAUGGCAUGGCCUCUAGCGCUAGCUCCGACAAGGACGGUCCGCCGCCUGCAAAACGAAGGAGGAUAUCGAAAGACCGCUCCGCCGACUAUUUGGACCUGUACGCGGAUACAAUCGACCCGGACCAACAAGCCCAAUUGGACCGUCUGCUCAAAGUCCUCCAUAAGCGCCAGAAGAUUGUCGUCAUCGCUGGCGCCGGUAUCUCUGUAUCUGCCGGCAUCCCCGAUUUUCGCUCUGCACAAGGCCUGUUUCGAACCCUAAAGGAAGAACACAACCUCAAAGGAUCCGGUAAACACCUGUUCGACGCGUCGGUCUACAAAGAUGAUGUGUCUACAUCCACCUUUCAUGACAUGGUCAGCACCAUGUCGCGUCUCUCGAAAGAUGCCAAGCCCACCGCUUUUCACCACAUGCUCGCCACCAUUGCCCAAGAAGGCCGCCUCUUACGACUGUACUCGCAGAAUGUCGACGGCAUUGACACCUCCCUCGACCCAUUGAAGACCUCAGUACCCCUCCAAAAGGACUCAGAAAACAAAUGGCCUCGCACUGUCCAACUCCAUGGCGGCUUGGACAAGAUGGUCUGCUCCAAGUGUCAUGAAUUGUCGGAUCUAGAUCCAAAGCGCUUCGAUGGUCCCGUGCCGCCGCUUUGCCAGACCUGUGAGGAGAUUAACGAUAUCCGCACAAAUUAUGAAGGGAAGCGCAGCCACGGGAUUGGAAGAUUGCGGCCACGCAUGGUCCUCUAUAACGAGCAUAACCCCGACGACGAGGCCAUUGGCGCCGUCACCAAGGACGACUUGCGCAAAAGACCUGACGCAGUCAUCGUUGUUGGAACGACUCUGAAAGUGCCCGGCGUGAGGAGAAUUGUUCGAGAAAUGUGCGCGACUGUGCGCGAUCGUCGUGGAGGCGUGACCAUUUGGAUCAACAACGACCCUCCUCCUGUGGCCAAAGAUCUUGAAGAUUGCUGGGACAUUAUUGUCGAGGGCCCGAGCGAUGCAGUGGCUAAGCACGCUGCCAUGCGCAAGUGGGACGAUCCGGUAGAAUCAGACGAGUUCGCCGAGGUCAGCGACGAGGAUGCGAAGAAGGUGACUGAGAAGAAGUUGUCAGUCCUUCUUCCUGACUGCAAUCCAAUCCAUGCAACACUUACGCCUUUGCCGUCCGCACAACACAAGAACAACAGCUUCCGCCCGCCGCUCCCCAACGAAACGCCUCGCAAGCCUCUGGACGUGGGUCCCACGGAUUGGAGCCCGAUCGUCAGUCCUAGGAACUCAAUCAUUCCAAGCAUCGAGAGCGAGUCAGCUGAAGGUGAUAAUAUCAUUGUCACUCCAAGUGGAACAUCUCGAAACGAUUCAGGUUUGUUGACGCCAUCCAAGUCUCAGCGCAACACACCCGUCAAGAAGGAUACCAAGAAGUCGGUAUCGCUGAACGACAAGCUUAAAGACAGAUCCAAGAAGGCAACGACAACGAAGGGCACGAAGAAGGCCGCACCGACAAAGAGAUCAAACGUCAAAUAUAUCAAGACACCCAAGUCACAAGCGAAGCCGGGUCCGAAGAGCAAGAAGGCGCAAGCAGAGUCAAAGACCAAGCCACUCACCAAUGCUUUCAAGUCCAGCAAGAUCUCAGCAAUGGCUGCACGGGCUGGUAAGAACGACCCUGCAAGUCCGAUGGUGAGCCCCAGCAAGCUGCGACAAGUCUCCAACGCUACCUCGAUUCCACCCGAGCCGAUGCACCCACUCUCACCGCAGGACCCACGGAACAACACAUCGCCAGCAACCAUGGCCGAUGAAACGGUCAAAGACCAGCUGCCAUCCUCCUACUCGGAGAACCAGGACAAGGCGGCCAAGAACAGGAGUCGGAUGAGCGUUUCGAGCUUCCUCAAUUGA